AUGAGAAACCGAUUAAAGCGGAGCAGAAACCUGCAGGACUCAUCUAACACAGGGAAGAAGUGUUUCCAAACCCCUGAUGUGAUCGUUUUGUCAGAUUCAAGCUGCUCUGGAGCGAAAACCUGCAAGAUUGCACCAAUUUUCUUAAAACGUCAGAAUAUUCCUCGGUGCAAAGACGUGAAAGUGAAAGAUUCAGACGCUUUCCUCCCCCUGAAAGAGGAAGACGGGACAGUUCUGCCCUCCUGCAGGAGAAAACUGUCAUCCUCAGAUUUACAAACCCGUCUGGAACAAAUCCAAACAUCCAACCCAACGUUUCCAGUCCAAACUACUUUCAGAGCCUUGCAGAAGAAAACGAGACGGAACCUGCAGGAGGACGAGAGUUCUGCAGGCGGCUCGUUGCUCUCCGAGUCCGUGCACGAUGACCUGCAGGAGAAAAGGAAACGGGGAGACGACGUUUCUGGGAGGUCAGCGAAGCGUCUGAGGCCCGGUGCUGGUUCUGGUUCUGGUUCUGGUUCUGGUAUCGGUUACUCAGUACGAAGCAGUGAGACGGGUCCGAGUCCAGCAGACCCCACGAGCAGUGAUUCAGAUUUUGAGGAUGAGCUUUGGACGGAUAAGUUCAGCCCUCGGCAUCCCCGUGAGGUCGUUGGUAAUCCGGCCUCCGUCUCUAAACUGCACAGUUGGCUGGAGAGGUGGAAGCUGAGAGCCGAUGCCGAGGAGAGAAGGAGGAUGGAGGAGACGAGGCGAGGAGACAACGGUAAAGCUCUGGACGUUGUGGACUCGUGGGACUGCGGAGACUUCCAGGGGGAGGCCGGGUCGGCUGACGGAGGACCGGGGUUCCUCUGCAGCGCCGUGCUGGUGUCAGGACCCCCGGGGGCGGGGAAGACGGCCUCGGUGUACGCCUGCGCCCUGGACCUGGGCUUCCAGGUGUUUGAGGUGAACUGCUCGUCUCAGCGCUGCGGCCGCAGCGUUCUGGCCCGGCUGAAGGAGGCGACCCAGUCCCACCUGGUGGACGCUUCUGGUUCUGGUUCUGGUUCUGGUUCUGGGGGGGAACCGCUGAGGCCGGCGUACUUCAACAACUACGCCGGCGCUGGUACCGGUCCUGGAGCGGAAACCCGUCCAGGGAAAACGACGCGUCCUAAAACUGUGGCCUGGACCUCGAGGAAGAGGACGGUGCGGGGAGGACGCGGGUCUGGACGCGGGUCUGGACGCGGUUCUGGACGCGGAGGAAAGCCCAACGCCCUCACGUUGGCUCACUUCUUCAAGAUGAAGGAGAAGGCGGAUCGUCUGCACUUCGGCGUUGCUGAGGGGGAGGAGCCUGUGAGCGCGUCAGCGGCGCCGCGGAGCAAGAAGUCUGCCACGUCGCUCAUCCUGUUUGAGGAGGUUGACGUCAUCUUUGAGGACGACGUCGGCUUCCUGGCAGCCAUCAAAGCGUUCACGGCGACCACGAAGCGGCCGGUCGUCCUGACGACCAGCGAUCCCUCGUUCAGGGAGAGGUUUGACGGCGACCUGGAGGAGGUCGUGUUCGAGACUCCGUCGGUGGUGGACGUGAGCAACUUCCUGCAGCGGGUCUGUCUGGCCCAGGGGGCGACGCUGGAGCCCGACGACGCAGCAGAGCUCUGCAGACUGACCCGGGGAGACGUCAGGCGCUGCCUGCUGCAGCUGCAGCUCUGGGUGCGAGGGGGCGGGGCUAGAGGAGGGGGCGGGGCUAAAGGAGGGGGCGGGGCUAGAGGAGGAGGGGGCGGGGCUUCUCAGGCUAGCCAUGUCCCAUCGCCUCCUCCAGGCCGAACCGGCUGCUCCGCCAGUCUGCUGGGUCUCCACCCCGUCAGCCCAGAUUAUCUUCUCAACCUCUUACAGGCGAGUAUAAUCUUCACAUCGCGCCGGCCCUGGUCCGAAGCGGAGACGAAAACACUCCUGGAUCUCCUGGCCGAGAGCUGGAGGCGAGACGUUCCUCUCCUGCACUCCAACCUGGAGCUGCUGCUGUCGCUGGGACUGGAGAGACUUGAGGCCUCCGGUUCUCACCGGGAUCUUCAGGUCCAACAGAGGAACCGAACCCCCGGUCCUGAGGACCCGGUGAGCGUCAGCAGACCCGUACGGAGCGUCUCGCGGCUCAGCCGAAGGAGAGUUCUUCCAACGGUGCCGUCCUCCGGUUUGAGGACUGAACCUCCGGGGACGGGGACUCGGUCCGGACCACAGACGGGUUUCUUGGACGCGCUGGCCGACCUCUUUGACCUCACGUCCGUCCUGGACGCCUCCCUGACCGAUGUUUCAGGCCCGGCCACACCUGAAGCCUUCGUUUGCACCGGAGCAGCGCUGAGGGACGGCCUGCUGGACGAGACGGUUUGGAAACUCAUUUUAACCCCUGUUAACUCCUCCAGCGGGCCUCUGAGCCGGUACCAGCUGAACGGCUCGGUGCUGAGCAGCGCCGCCUUCGGCCCGCUGGGGAACCGGCGGGCCGUCUUCCUGGACUACGUCCCGGUGCUCCGAUCCAUCCGCCGCUCCAUCGACGCACGGAGACGAAAAGGAGAGUUGGUGAGGUGUGGGAACUACCUGAGCAUCUCUCACCUGGGCCUCCCCAAGUCCACCGUCAGACUCCUGGCGGAGGAUUUCCCUUCAGGACAAGUUCGGAAAGACUUUUAUUUGAACAAAAAACCCUCAAAUUGACUUCAGCUGAGGUGAAGAAUCAUGUUCUUUUAUUUUACCGUUCACA